AUGACCUGCAGCAACGGCCGCCCGGGAUGGAUGACCCCGGCCGCAGAUGACCAGUUUGGCUCCUUAGCCCUCCUCCACCACCAGCCCAUCAGCCAUCAUGUGUCGCCGAAUCUGAACCCACGCGGCCUGUCAUCUAUCCCAAUACUUCCCUGGAAGCACACUUGCAAUUCCAAACUAAGCUUUUUCUCCACUAAUGUCGCUAUGCCUGCAGAUGCGGCAUGCUUCAGCCCAUGCAAGAGCCGCCCCGUCAAUCUUUCCUCCACCGUCCUUGUAUCGACCCGAGUACUCAUCCUCGGUGACAACGACACGCGGCUCCUUCGACACAUCCAACAGCCGACUAUAUAUAUAACCCUUGGCUCCCCGCCCUACCAUCUACCUCUUCCUUCCGCUGGCGAAACCACAGCGCCGGAAAAAAUCAGAACCCGACGCUCCUCUAUUUCCAAGUCCCAGGCCAAGACAAAGGUCAAGGCCAAAGUCAAGGUCAAAGUAGAACCAAGCUCCAAGCCUUCACUUCCUGUCCGGCGCUCCUCGCGCCUCCGGUACAUCAAAGAUCUUAUUACAGCCAUGCCAUCCUAUAUCCGCGAAACAAGAGCCUCAAGGGCCUACUCUUUCCCUCCAUGCGUCGACAGCAUCGACGUGGUCUCACCACAGGACACUGAACUGCCAGACAUAGACGAAGAGCCCUUUGCACACUUCCUCACUCCCGUCUCAGAGUAUGACAAUCCACAAGACCCAUUAUCUCUCAGCGCUGGGAUCAUGAUCCCAGACGGGAAGCGGACCUCCAAAGCCUCCAAGUUCAAGUCUAAUGUCGCCGACAAGUGGACCCGUUAUGUCAAGACAAAUCACACGCAGCUUCAUGCCCGCUACCACGCCCCUAUCCCAGAAGAAGACGAAGAGUCGUUCAUGUCACUAGAGGAUGACCGUCUGUACGCAGCACCCCAACCAGUCAGCCAGCUCAGCUCGCCCCCUCGCAUCACUGUCACAGAACCCACCCGUGGUCGCGCCCAAGAACUCGUGACGCGCAAGGCUCGCACCCGACGUCGCUACUCGAGAACCCUUUCCGGUCAUCGUCACUCAUGGAGAGAGCCAAGCCCAGAUCUAUGGACUGUCGAUGAGUCGGAAGAGGAAGACCUCCCCGUGCUUAGGCGUGCGAAAAAGAAGAGCAGCAAAGACAGUGCUGAGCGCCGUAGAUCUUCUAAAUCACGAGUCCGCGGCGAAGUGGCCGAGAAGUCGAGGCUGUGAGCAGCUAGGCUUGUACGGAGAAGAGGCGUACGUCUCCUGUUUUCUACUCGCAUUGGGUGGCGUUGGCGGUGUUCACCUUUUGUCAGAUUGCAACUCGCAUUCCGCAUUUCCAGGCGUUGGCGGCUCUUUGAUAUCCCUUUCCGCGUUGCAUUGCAUUUUCCUGCGCUGUUGAUUUUCUCUCAUCUGCAUACAUCUGGUGUUUUAUCGUAUCAUUCGUUUUUUCGGGUUUUUUGGUUAUUGUUUCUUGACAUUUAUCGCAUCUGCAUUGGGAAGAGACGGAUGGGCAGGUCGACGGUGUUGCACAGUGGAAUCAUUUGCAUCUGGGCGGCGUUUGGGCAUGGGACUGAGCAUUUACACAUCAUUCGCAUCUCCAUCUCGGGUCUAUCAUCUGUUGUCUGAGUACAUAUAUCGCAAUCAAAGUUUUUGUUGCGCGCGCACAUAUAUACAACCACCAUACUCUCGUUGCAAAGUGAAUCCAUGCUCACCCCUCUCGCAUCCUGCAACUCAGCAUCAAUACCCCCUAACAUAACCUUCUCCAUCGGCCGAACAUCCGCAUACCCAUCCACUCCCUCUCUCCCGCUGCUUCACCCCAAACUAUAACCCCCUCCUUUUUCCCUUGGAUGGCCCAGCAAAUGACCUCACCACGCACCCCCCCUCACCCCUGCCCUCUCGCUUGGCUUUUCCCUAGCCUUGCCCAACUAGUCAAGAAAGGUGUGGUGGACCCUCCCCCCACCACCACCACCACCCCCUGUUGCAACUUCGGCUAAUUCAUGCUCCCUUUCGUUUGUGUGUGUGUGUAGAUACGAGGUCCAAAAAAAAGUGUGGAGGGGUAAGUAUGUAUGUUAAAACUGUCAUGUUAUGUUGUGUAUGGAUUGAUGGAUAGCGCGCUUGCCGCUGGCUGAGGUAAGGUAGGCUGUUACUUUUUGUUUUUCUUAUUGUUUUGUCUGCAUAUGUUUACUUGUACUUUUACACCUUUCUCUUAUUUUGUUAACAGAUUUGUGAUGGUUGUGUGAGAUGUUCUUGGUGUGUUAUUUGUCCUCUGUUGUUUGUUUUUUUAGGGGGAGGGGAUAUCAAGUAUAAUAUACCUAAGUAAGGGUGUUCGAGUUGAGCAGACUGCUUAGUAUCUAUCCUACCACCAACAACAAACAAACAUACGCAACACACAC